CUAGGCCCCCUGCCACACCGAUAGGAUCAGUGUAAGGAUGAACAAGAGGGAAAGGGUGGAUGGGGAAAACCUCCACUAAAGAUGGAGAAAUGAUGCUACAAAAGAACCACAAACCACAUUAAGCACUGCUGUGCUGUCCUGCAGAGUAUUGGUGAGUUGCCAUUAAAGCCUGCAUGGGGGAGUCGGACCACUGACUGAGCUCAGAAGGAUUAUUGAUUGGAAAUAGAUUUAACUAACUUAAAGUUAACAAAGCGUCAUUGUUGUUAAAUUAGUUAAAUACACAUUUAACUAUUUUCUAAUAAACUGGACAUGCAUGUAGGUUGACUGUCAAGAGAUAUCUUUCUACCUACAGAUGGUCCUUUCUUUGUCUACACAAGACAUGAGCCUGUGGGUGUGGUUGGAGCCAUUGUACCUUGGAACUUUCCCCUCAACAUGGCCUGCUUAAAGCUUGCACCAGCUCUGGCUUGUGGCAAUGUUGCCAUACUUAAACCAGCUGAGCAAACUCCAUUAACAGCUCUGUAUAUAGGCUCUCUGUUUAAAGAGGCUGGCUUUCCUCCUGGUGUAUUAAAUAUCAUCUCUGGUUAUGGUCCUACAGCAGGAGCGGCAAUAUCUGAGCACAUGGAUAUCAACAAAGUAUCAUUUACUGGAUCAACUGAGGUUGGGAGGAUAAUACAAGCAGCAGCUGCAAACUCCAACCUAAAGCGUGUGACACUGGAACUUGGAGGAAAGAGCCCCAAUAUAGUUUUUGCUGACACUGCAGAUAUUGACACUGCAGUGGAGUAUGCACACUCUGCCUUGUUCUUCAACCAAGGACAGUGCUGCAGUGCUGGCAGUCGCACUUUUGUACAAGAUACCAUUUAUGAUGAGUUUGUGAAAAAGAGCGUGCUUAGAGCACAAAACCGUGCAGUUGGAGAUCCCUUUGAUGAUGUGAUUGAACAAGGACCACAGGUAGAUAAAGAACAGUUUGACAAAAUCCUUGAUCUGAUUGAGAGUGGAAAAAAGGAAGGAGCAAAGCUAGAGUGUGGAGGUGCUCGGCAUGGACAAAAGGGAUAUUUUAUACAACCUACUGUUUUCUCAGAUGUCAAGGAUGACAUGAGGAUUGCAAAAGAAGAGAUAUUCGGCCCAGUGCAGCAGAUAAUAAAAUUCAGUGAGGUAAAUGAGGUCAUUGAGAGGGCAAAUAACACAACUUAUGGCCUGGCAUCAGCUGUAUUUACCAAGGACAUAGAUAAGGCAACAACCAUUUCUCAUAGUUUACGAGCUGGGACAGUUUGGAUCAAUUGCUAUGAGGCUGGACAACCUCAAGCACCUUUUGGUGGUUACAAAAUGUCUGGAUUUGGCAGAGAAUGGGGUGAAUAUGGCUUAUUACCUUUCCUGGAAGUGAAAACGGUUACAAUGAAAGUCUCUUCAAAGAAUUCUUAACCGAAGUCAGACUGCAUAAGUGCAAAUCAAGCAAAGAUCAUUAUUUAUUAUCUUAAAACAAGGAAUUUAAGUUAGUUGAUUUGAAAGAUGAUGUGACAUCAGAUGUUCUGUAGAAAUCAUUGAGCGACACUGAAGAGUUGUAGCCAACGAACAAGAAAAUUAUUUUACUAUAACUGGUAUUUCAUGAAGUGAAAUAAAGUUGAAUCUAUGACUUAUAGAGCUUA